AUGGAGCCGAUUUCCCUCCACUUCGCCGGCGAAUGGGGUCCGAGGAAGAUGGAGCUGCUGGCGUUCCUUCUUGUUUGGUUCGUUUGGAGGGCGAUGGGGACCGAAACCACCCAGGGAUUUUUCACCCCGAAGAAAUACAAUAUGAAGAUCACGACACCGAUUUCCGAGUUUCCCGUUCUUUCUGAGCUUCAGUGCGCCAUGGGUUGCACGCGAAAUUGGACGUGUCUCAGCUACUCUGUGACACGGGGGGCGGGGGGCGGGGCUUUCACAUGCCGCUUCGGAUACAGAUACGACGAACCGAGGACUGCCGAUGCAGACAGCCAAUUCUUCUACAGAGAAGUACCAGCAGGUUACAACCUGGUGCCUGGAACGGGGAGCUAUGUGAAAAUGACCAUCAAAAGCGGAAAAUCAGCCGCUGCCGCGACUGCGUGCAAGAAUGAAGGCGCUCAACUCGUCUCCUCCAACAAUGCAACAGUGAACAGCUACGUAAGGCAGCUACGACAAAAUGUAUCACCUGGCGCAACUAUAUGGGUCGGUGGGCAGAUGGGCAAGAAUAAGUACCAAUGGGUGUUUCCAGAUGGUACGACACUGACUGUCACAGGACCAAGCCAAUCCUACUUCUGCAAGGACCAACCCUCCGGUGAUGGCCCUUGUCUCCAUCUUCUUGACCAUGCUGGCGGUAAUAAGGAGAGUGCAAAGUAUCAUGUCUGUUCGCAUCAUCAUGUCACCAUCACCGGCUUCUCCGUAGUGGCAGAGUUCAGUGGAUAUCACUAA